UUCCCUUAUAUAUACCCCAACUCACCCAUCCUCGUAACUCCAUCUCCAAGCUUACUAGCUAACUCCAACACUCGCUUUCUCUCUCUCAAAAAACAUGUCUGGUGUUUGGGUGUUCAAGAAUGGUGUAGUCCGGCUUGUGGAGAACGGGGCCGAGUGCUCGAGCGGUCGUCGCAAGGUUUUAGUCCACGUUCCGACUAAUGAAGUCAUUACUUCAUAUGCAGAGCUUGAAGGGAAGCUUUCGUCACUCGGUUGGGAGCGAUACUAUGACGAUCCUGACCUUCUUCAGUUCCAUAAACGAUCCACAGUUCAUCUAAUCUCUCUUCCAAAGGACUUCAACAGAUUCAAGUCCAUGCACAUGUAUGACAUCGUCGUAAAAAAUCGUAACAUGUUCGAGGUUAGGGACAUGUGACAUUUGGUACGUACUAGUCCGCCGUGGGUGCCCGUUAAGUCGUGUUUGUGUGUGAAUUAUUUUUCUUUCUUUUUCUAUUUGGAUUGUUACCUGGUUUUGGUUGAUUUAGUUUGGCUAGUUCAGUUGUUUUUUAUUGAUUCUAGUGACGUAUGUUUCUCUCUCUAUAUAUAUGGGUUUUUUUGUUUGUGAAGAUGUAGGUGAUCAAGCUUGGUACUAGGCUAGGGAAGCGAAUGUAAAUGUUGGGGAAAUCAUAAUAAAGCUGUAUUUCAGCAAUGAAAAGUUGGGUUUGUUUUGUUAAGCAUGCAUGUAUAUCAUAUAUACACAUAUAUAGGACAUAUUAUAGCUUAAUCAUGUAAAAGCUCACAUUUUGCUGGGAAAGUGAGGUGGCUAUUUUGAUGAUGACAUGAACUGAUGAGGGAGUGAAGGGAGUGAUGACAAGUGAUCUACUCUUCUUGUGGAAUAUAUAACUCCAGAAGUUGAUAGAUGUUUGUGUGAAAUUGUGGCCCGAAUUUUGUUUCAGCUCAAGUAAUGUUAACUAGUUUUUUUUUUUUUUUUUUUCAGUAGUGGACAUUGUAAAAUCUCUUGUACCUCAAUAUAUGUGUUUAGGAUUUUUGGUGAAAGAUGUAAUCUCUUUUUCUUUUCUUUUUUUCAUGUUUUGAUUGUGAUCUUGAUUUUGCGGCCUUUUUCAUAACAAAAUAUACAUUAAAAUAUAUCAAAUCACAAUAUUUAUUAAUAUUCUAUUAAUAUUAAUGUAACAGAUAUA